CAUAGAAUUUCCUUUCCUAUAAAAGUACACAUACGACAGAAACACAAAGCAACACAACCAGUUCCACUAGCUCAUCAAAAACAUGGAGUCACAUAACAAAAACAAAAGACUCAAUCAUGGAUCACACACACCACCCAAGCUCUCCCUUGUGGCCACUUCACGGACAACUAUGCCCCCAGAUGCUCCGACGCCGCCGCCACGGACGGUGCCAGUCUCCGUUCCGUUUCAGUGGGAGGAAGCACCGGGGAAGCCCAGACCGUGCCACGCACGGUCUGAGUCAAACAACAAAGGUAGUGACGUGGCACGAGCCUUGGAGCUUCCUCCGAGGUUGUCAACAACCAACACAAAGGUUUCCAAGACCAUGAGCAUGCCUUCCCCAACAACGGUCUUGGAUGGGCCUUAUGUUAUGCGUGCCACGUCUUUUACGACGCCGUUUAGGAACCAAAAGGAAAGUUGGAAUGCCAAUUUUGUGUCUAGCAGGUGGAGCGGCAAUAACAAGAAUAACGGUGUGGAGAGUGAGGGUACUUUUGACUUUUCAAGUUGGACUGAAGAUGAAAAUGGUACGGUCAAGAUCACAAGGAUUAGGAGAAAGGGGAGCUUCUCUCAGGCAAAAUCGCAGUUAUGGAGUAGCAUUUACCAAAGCGUUAAGCAAGUAGUCCCAUGGAGACGCAGGCAUGAAAGGCAAAGAAAAUCAGACAACAAAUUUGAGAUUGUUUGAUUAACCAAUCGAAAUUCGAACGUCAGAGUGGUGGUGUGUGCUGUGUAUCAUGAGUUCGGAGAUAUGCAAAGAGAUAAAGUAAAGAAGGAAUUAUUAUCCUAUCAAUUUGGAAAAAUUAUAAUAAAGGAUAUUUAUCCGAACGUAAUUCCUUUUUUCUUUUAUGACUUUAUAUAUUGAUACAUGUACCACCACUUCUAUUA